AUGGCACCACCAGUGUUUCAUAUAGCUGUAUAUGGUCUCUUAAAUUCUGACGAAUAUCAACUAGCUAAGCAUUGCUUGGAAGACUUAAAGCGAACAAAUUCAAAGCAAAUAUCUCAUUCGGAAAUACAUCCAUUACUUGAAUAUGAUUGGAAAUCGUUUUUACGAAAUAAACGCGCCGAGUUACGUGGUGAAACAUGGGCAUUUAACGAUAAAUGUAUGGUAUUUAUCGAUAGACAACUACUUGGUAAUGCUGAUCAAUUCUUACAUUGGGCUAAAACUACGUUUGAUCAUAUUGAUUUUCGUUCCAAUGAACUUUUAGAAGUAUUUUCAAAUGAAGAAUACAAGGGUAAAUUUGCAUCAGGCGAUAGUCAAAAUACUUAUUGUUUUAUGGAUUUUCACAUUGAAGAUUCUGAUAAUCCUCAAAACACUGGUAUUGGUCGUUUAGUAUUUGAAUUAUUUUAUGAUCAAGCACCUGAAACAUGUGAAAAUUUUCGAGCAUUAUGUACAGGUGAAAAAGGUCAAAGUGGAACAACUGGUACCGUUCUUCAUUAUAAAGAUUCAAUUAUUCAUCGUAUUGUACCAAAUGGAUGGGUCCAAGGUGGAGACAUUCGAGGUGGCAGAGGCAAUGGUGGAGAAUCGAUCUAUGGUGAAACAUUUCCUGAUGAAACCUUUGUUGUUAAACAUAAUCAACGAGGUAUUCUUGGUAUGACAAAUAAAGGUUAUCGACAUUCAAACGGAAGUCAAUUCUAUAUAACAUUAUCUGAUGCUUGCGAAUGGAUGUCGAAUCGUUUCGUUGCGUUCGGUCGUGUGGUUGAAGGUUUUGAUACAUUAGAUAAACUUGAGCUUAUCAAUACAAUCAAUCAACGUCCAGUAAAAUCUGUUAAGAUAGUUGAUUGCGGAACUGUUCAAUUAGAUGAAGAAUAA